CCAAGCUCAGAGUUCAGCACAUUCCACGCAAUCUCUCAUGCUCCAUCUCAUCCCCGGCCGCAGCGCAAUCCUUCUGCGAUCAUUUUCUCCUAACAAAUCCGACGGAUGCAACCUGAUCACCAUUGACGCCGCGCACGAAAGCUAGCAUAUCCAAGGCAACGGCGACGUCACUGGGCAUCAUCUCAGGUUCCGGGGAGGCAAUUCACCGCACGCCACCAUGUCGAGCAGACAGCUGCGCAAGCUCCAGCAGCAGCGCGAGCUCGAGAAGGCGAGGGCGCUUGAAGACCAGGAACAGAGCUCGGACGAGGGUGAGGACAUUGGGCCCGCGGUGUCGCCCGUCAAGUCCCGGCCAAACCUGUUUGCCGCGCUAGGUGGUGAGGACGAGGACCAGGAUGAUGACGACGCCGCCGCCGCCGCCAACGACGAUGGAGAAGACGAUUUCAACGAGGGCGGCGAGAUGAAGCGGCGGGAGUUGACCCAGGCGCAGCCCCAGACAAGCUCGAAGAAGAGCAAAAAGAAGAAAAAGAAGAAGAAGAGCAGGGCCGCCGAAACGGUCCCUGCGGAUGCUCCCGAAGCCGACGAGGAUGAAAUCGACAAGGCUAUGAAAGACUUAGGGCUUGCGAAGGGUGCUGCUUCUAGUGCGGUAACGGAGGCGGACGCUCCGGGGGGCCGUGGAAGCACGACGCGCCUCAAUGAGUUGCUAAGCAUCAACACCUACCACCUGCGGCCCGUCAACGAGAUGCGGAACCUAUUCGGUCGUGAUGUCAUCGAGUCAGCCAACGCCGAGGAGCAGCAACAGCAGCAGGAGAGCGCUCACCGUAGGAGGACGCGCGGGCCGGUCAACCAACAGGUCGACCUCGAGACGUUCCUGCGGGCGCCGCCAGGAGCCCCCAAGCUGCCCGAGGUGUCCCUGCGCCGCAACAUAUUCGUGCAGGGGCGGGAACACUGGCCGCGCCGGACUGCUGGCGGCCUGACCAUGAAGCAGAUCGGCAACGCGGGCGCCGGCGCCGAUGGGUCCACUGAGUAUGCCUACGUCCACGACAAAGAGUACGCCGAUAUGCAGGCCCUGUUCUUCGCCAGCGUGCAGAUUGGAGACCCGAUGCGUAUGGUGCAUUUGCUCGGCCGAGCGCCCUACCACGUGUCGACAUUGCUGCAAGUAAGCAGCGUGGCUAAGCAGGACCAGAACAUGGCUCUGGCAGGAGAGCUAUGCGAGCGCGCCCUCUUCACGUUCGGAAGGGUGACGAUGUCGACAUUCCGGCAGGACGUUGAACACGGCCGAGCCCGACUCGACUUCCGCCGCCCGGAGAACCGCCAGUUCUGGCUCGCAGGGUACCAUUUCCUCAAGAGCCUGAUCCGCAAGGGCACGUAUCGAACCGCACUGGAGUGGGCAAAGCUCCUCUACGCAAUGGAUCCGCGGGACCCCUAUGCCAUGAAGCAUUUUAUACACCUCCUGGCCAUCCGGUCGUACGAAUCUCGUUGGCUCAUAGAAUUCUUCGAGUCGCAAGCCACGGACGACGCCGACGGAGGCGCCGAGUAUCUCCGCCAGACGCUGGUCUUGGCCAAGCUUCAGGCGGGCGAUGUGGACGGGGCGCGUCGGGACCUUGCGCACGGCAUUCAGCAGCUGCCCUGGCUGUACUGCGCGCUGUUUCAGGAGCUCAACCUGGACGCGCCGCCCUCCAUCUGGGGCAUCAGCGCGGACUCGAACGCGCGGUCGUUUUGGGUCAAGCUGUAUAUACACCAGGCCAAGGACCUGUGGAACAACGCGCAGGCGACUUCGCUGCUUCAGGACGUGGCCAAGAGCCUCCCGAAAGUCGACACGUCAGUGAUGCCGCAGGACGACCCCCCGCCGGGCCUCAGGCCUACGAGGUUGGCGUACCUCGAAGGCCAGACGUCUCUGCUCGCCGUCGCGCCCCGAGAGCUACUCGAGAGCCAGCCAAAUUACGAGUUUGACCCCUUGCCGCCGCGAGAAGAGGACAACAUCUUCACGAGCGAGGGCACGCAGCUGCCAUGGCGCGAUACCCAGCAUCAACAGCAGGGCUCCCGCCUGGACGCCGAAAUGCUCGCGCAAAUAGAGGGCAUCAUGGCGGCCGGAAACAACCCCCCCUGGAACGCGGCGCCGGCAAACGCCCUGUUCGGUCAGGGCGACGACGAUGACGACGACGACGAGAUACGGGCUCUGAGGGAGGCUGACGAUGAAGAGCUGUUGCGGGACAUCGAGGCUCACAGGGGCCGUGGCGCCGGCGAGGCGGGCAUCGUGGCGACGCUGUUGGAAAUGAUCGGUCUGCGACAGACGGGCGCAGACCAAGGCGAUGCGGCCGCCGCCGCCCAUGACGACGACGACGAGAUGGCCACGGACAGCAGGGACGAUGGUGGCGAGUCUUCACCGACGGAGCAGCGGUCAUCAAGUCAACAACAACAACAACAACAAGGCGCGGGGGACUACCUCCCGGGGGCUUGGCCAACGGGCGAUGAUGGCGACGCUGAUGCGACGGGCCAGGCUCGCGACAGAUGAAUGUAGUUUUGGCCCCCGGCCCGCGGGCCGAGGGUGUCGGCGAACACGGCGCGGUGAGGGCCAAACACGCCGCGCAAGGAUGAGGACAAGGCUGAGUCGUUUUGAGAGUGGGGAUGAGCGUAUGCGUACGUACAAAUUUUGAUGGGCUCAGCAAAAGGGUCACAACGGGUUUGGCAAUUCUCGUGUGAAACUGUCUGUGUGUGGGAGCAUUAUACAGAGUAGCAGCAGCGGCAGCAGCAGCAGCAGCAGUAUUACACCAAUUACGCCUUCGUCGGCAGCUCGCCUUAGC